AUGGCCGCCACCAACGAUCCCACCAUCGCCCUAGGCCCCGACUUCAAGAAGCUCUCCGGGCCCGAGAACUUCACCGACUGGUUCCAGCGUUUCAAAGACAUUGCAAAAAUCCAUGGCUACGCUGAAUACUUCAAAGACAACGCUGAAGUAGUCGCAAAGCCCAUUGCGCCGGCCUUUCUCGCACUCCAACAAGACGAUGAUGAUGUGGUACAAGAGGCUCCUCCAGUGGAUUGGCAGUACCAGGUCGCCGUCUACCAAUUCCAGCUACAGAAAUGGAAAGACUAUGAUCACGCCUCUGGCUCAGCUUUAGCCCUCCUCCACGCUGCUAUCGAACCGUCGGUGUGGAAGGAAGCCAGAGACACCAACUCGCCAGCAUCCGCGCUGAAGGCCGUUAUCAGCUACAUUAACUACGAGACGCCAAACGAAGUCCUGUCAAACCGCGCCCGUGUAGUGAUUGGCUCUCUUAAACUAGACACGUCAACUGCGGUUCGCCAAUUCGUCGUCGACUUCGAGGAGCUCUACGGAGACGUCUAUUUCGAAACCGACACUUCAAUCUGGGCUAUCGAAAAGAUCAAUGAAGCGUUACCUUAUGGGUACCGCACGUAUGUUAAGAAUUGGAAAGAUCACAUUAAUGGCAUGCCUAUUACUAGCAGGAUCUUCAAGAUGUAUCGGUCUCGUCUUCUCAGCCAUGUUGAAGAGGAUGACCCCCCGACAAUGAAUGGGAAGGUUCGCAAAUUUUCCCGCUUGAGGUAA